AUAAUCCUACAUUCAUACACUUCCAUAUCCACCCCCUCCUCCUAAUGUUCACAAAUAUCUUGCAUUACCGUUGAAUAAAAAAGAACCUGAGAUGAGGAUGGAAGUGACCUCGACUGGAUUUUUUCCCUGAUACAGAGCUGUGGCUCGAUACGCCUGCGCACCAGGACUUCAAUCUGGUGGUGAAUACGUGGGAGUCACCCAACCUCAGUCUCACGCGAAAUUUCGUGUUGAACCGAUUGCAAUCUUUCGAUAUUAUUGUGACAGCAUCCUUCUGGACCAGUCUAUCCUUCGCCCAGUGAAAUAGUCCGGUUCGAUUAAUUAUUUCGAUAAUUUUGAACAGCCCCCAGUAUUAUCAACAUUUCUGUUGUUCAUUAAUGUUUAAUCAUUUCUUUAACAAGUCUUGACUCCUUCAAAUUAAUAUUGUUCGUUCGAAAGUCAGAGAAGUUGCGAUCAACAACAAAUUAUUCGCUCCAAUUAGUUCAGUUCUUUGGAGUUACUGAUUUGUUUGUCCUGUCUGAUCAGUGACAAUUAACAAUUAUUAAACUUUCAUACGUUUUUCGGGGAGUCAUUUAUUUUUUAACUGUGAAGUGGUGUCGAUUGAGUCCUCGUGAGAUUACGGAAAAAAUAAAGUGUUCAUAAAAGUGUGUUUCAUCAUCCCUAUCCAUAUCGCAGCUUGACUCGAGUACCGGGAGUUCAUCGAUUCACAGGACCCGUUGACCGAAUUCCCGUUCUACUCCUAGCGCUGCUACCAAAUGCGCAGUCAUGAAAUCAGAUGAAUUUAAACUGCUAGAAUCAGUCAUGUCAUUCAAAUCUCGUUAGCUCCAUUCACAUUGCGUUCUUCAGUUAAUCUCGCAGAGAUGGGAGCCAAUCCCGGUGUAUUUGAAUGAGAAGGUACUGAAAAGGAAGGACAAGUUGAGCCGCAAUGUCGGCUGGGUGCAGACCUGGGGAUGUGUGAACUGUGCUGGCAAUUGUCUUGAAGAUUCAGCUAAUAAUUCAACAUGAAAGAAUUUUUCCUCGUCAUUCACUUCAUAACGUUGGGUUACCUCCACGGGGAAUCAACCACCCAUAUUCCUAUCAACCGAGGUGCAGCUCGCCAGAUGUACGGCAGCGGAAGUCUUCGCCAGACAAGCAGUCCCACUCCGAUUGAUCCCACCGUGUCGACCGACCACGAAGAUCCUAAACACUCUCGUGACGACAAAAAUAGUCUUCGCCCGGAGGAAAAGUCACACACUCCUGGGCAUCGAGAGCACCCAGAGAAUUUUGGACACGGUUAUGGAUACGGUAACUCAAACACUCGGCAGUCAAAGGGUCACUCGCAAAUUCCUCCAGGAUUUCCACCGUUCCCGCUGACCGACGAGGACUACGAGGCGAAUUUCGAGCUUCCUAGCUACCGCAAUGGUGCACCCGUGGGUAAUAUGCGUAUACCAAGUCCCAAUGGUGGAAUUUAUGGGCAGCCUCCUGGUAUGGUUCGCGGUGAUAUCACCAGAAGCCGGGGACGCGAUGGUUAUUACGGAUCCUUUUACGCUGGCGGUUCCUACCGCGAAGUCCCCCACAAGUCUCGGGUGAACAAUGGUUUAGAUCGACGACACGGUGUCAGUUCCAUGGGGGAAGCGAAUUCCGAUGGCUCAUUCCCAAAAUUGGUCCACGACUUUGAUGAUGAGAACGACAAUCUGUACAUUUCGUGCAAAAACACCUGUCCCAGCGAUCAAUUCAUUUGUUUCCACACUUGUGAGUGCAUUGACAUACAGCUGCGCUGUGAUGGAGCUCCGGAUUGCGACAGCGGCGAGGACGAGAUAGACUGCGAGGAGAUUAUCGAAGCGAGAAAGUCCAAUGGCACCUGUUUCGGGGAGCGCGGACUACUUUGUCCGGACACUGGGUUCUGCAUUGCGAUUCAAUGGCUCUGUGAUGGUGAUGACGAUUGCGGCGACUACUCUGAUGAAUCCAAUUGCGGAGUCAAGAAGAACUGCACGCAGGAUCAGUUUGAAUGCAGAAAUGGUCUCUGUGUGCAGCAGACAUGGCGAUGUGACGGUGAAAACGACUGCAAAGAUUUCUCCGACGAGGAAAAUUGCAGUGAUCGAAAGAAAUGCAGGGAGGAUGAGUUCACAUGCCCAGAUGGCUCCUGUCUCCCCCGUAAAUACAUGUGCGACGGGGACAAUGACUGCGAGGAUGGUUCGGAUGAAUUUAAAUGCCACGGCAAUCGCGAGGUCGACUGCGACGAGAAUUACUUCGAAUGUGCAACAGCCAAAUGCAUCAGAAGAGAAUACCGUUGCGACGGUAGUGAUGACUGUGGGGAUGCCAGUGACGAGGAAAAUUGUCCAAAUUUUACGGGGUGCAAUCCGGAUGAAUUCAAAUGCAACACUGGCGAUUGCAUCAGUAAACUCCAUGUUUGCGAUGGCCAGCACGAUUGCAACGCGGGGGAGGAUGAAACGAACUGUGAACAUCCCACCCCCCGUGAAUGUUCACCGCCCGAGGAGUUCGCUUGCGCAGGAAAUUGCAUAUCUCGCUCGUGGGUUUGCGAUGGUGUGGCAGACUGUUCCAACGGAGAAGACGAGGACGGUUGUCCCCUGACAUGUGACGCAACCCAGUACCUAUGCAAAUCACCUUCAGCUCCCAACGAUACGACAAUUAACAAGACCCCGACAAUUAACAUGCCGUAUCAGCUUGUGCAGGCUCACUGCAUCAGCAAGAAACGCCUGUGCGACGGAAUUCCCGAUUGUCCGCUGAAGGAGGACGAGGAGAACUGCUCGAAGAAGAGGAACUGCACCUCCGCCGACAAAUGCAAACAGCAGUGCAUCUUAACAGCGAAGAAUGAGAAGGCCUGCGCCUGCGAUUCCGGUUUCGCCCUUAGCAGUGAUAACAUCACGUGUCUGGAUGUCAAUGAGUGUGAGUCUAGUAAGGAACCGGUCUGCAGCCAGUUGUGUAACAACACCUACGGGGCGUUCGUCUGCGGCUGCAUAACAGGUUACGUCCUGCGAUCAGACGGCAGAACAUGCAAAGCUAUUGGUGGAAAUCCCAGUCUGAUAUUGACGAAUCGCGUGGACAUCAGACGAGUCAGUUUGGCGUCUGCGAUUGAUGCCACCUACACACCGAUCCUCAAAGGCCUCCAUAAUGCCAUUGCCGUUGACUAUCACUAUGAUAAGGGUCUUCUGUACUGGUCUGAUGUGUCUUUAGACAUGAUCAAGAGGGUCUACAUUAAUGGCACCAAUCCAGAGGACGUCAUUCGUUGGGGGUUGGAGAGUCCCGGUGGUGUCGCUAUCGAUUGGAUCCAUGAUCUUCUGUUUUGGACGGACUCGGGAACGCGGCGAGUAGAAGUCAUAACUUUAGAAACAAAAGUCCGUCAUGUCCUGGUGUCGACGGAUCUGGAAAAGCCGAGGGGAAUAGCUGUGCAUCCUCACUAUGGAUACGUAUUUUGGACGGAUUGGGGACCGACACCGAAGAUCGAACGUGCUGAUAUGGAUGGCACUGGCAGACAAGCUCUGAUAACCGAGGGGAUCACUUGGCCCAACGGUCUGACGAUCGAUUAUCCUACGGAGAGAAUCUACUGGAUCGAUGCGAAACCCCCUGCGAUAAUGUCGGCAAAGUUGGAUGGUACUGAUAGGAAGAAAGUACUGAGCAAAGGGCUUCAUCAUCCUUUUGGCAUUACCGUUUUCGAGGACUUGAUCUACUGGACAGACUGGCAUUUUAAGAGUAUUUCUUCCGCGAAUAAGGACAAUGGAAAGAACUUCAAGACUAUUCGAUCUAAUCUGUAUUUUCCCAUGGACAUUCACAGUUAUCAUAAGCAGCGUCAGCCGUCUUAUCCUAAUCACUGUGGAAACAACAAUGGAAAAUGCUCGCAUAUGUGUCUACCGAACAGCGCUGGGUACAGCUGUGUGUGUCCGGUCGGUCUUAAGAUAAAGCAUGACGGCAAGAAUUGCGCCUCGACGAUCGAUAAUCUUCUGAUUUUCGCGAGGAAACGAGACCUGAGGCUGAUACCCAUAGAUCAAUCGACCAGGGUGUUCGAUACUGUAAUUCCAGUAGAUCAUGUCCAGGGAGCUGUUGCACUUACUUGGGACGCGGACGAGGAGAUGAUCUACUGGACGGACGUCGAGACGGAUUCGAUUAGCAGAGCUCACCUGAAUGGCAGCAACCAGACUGUCAUCAUCAACAGUAACUUGGAGUCUCCUGCUGGCCUCGCUAUGGACUGGAUCACCAAGAAGCUUUACUGGACGGACGCAGGAACCAACAGGAUUGAGUGCUCCUAUCUGAAUGGCAGUAUGAGAACCCUCCUCGUCUACGAGGACCUUGACAAGCCUCGGGACAUCGUUGUCGAUCCAACUGUGGGGUACAUGUACUGGUGCGAUUGGGGGAUCAAGCCGAAGAUUGAGAGGGCCGCUAUGGAUGGCAGCAAGCGAAAGGUGUUUAUUGGUGAGAGCAUCAUAUGGCCGAAUAGUCUGGCCAUUGAUUUUGUCACUAAGAGACUGUACUGGACUGAUGGAGGGAUGAAGAGCAUAGAGUACGUGGACCUUGAGGGCAGGGGGAACCGGGUGCACGUGCGCUCGAAUCUGUCUCAUCCGUUUGGUCUGACGAUUCAUCAGAAUAAGAUUUACUGGACAGACUGGGAUACCAAGAGCAUCCACAGGGCGAAUAAGGACACGGGGGAGAAUGCCACUGUUGUAAGGGCUCAACUGGGGAAUCUCAUGGAUGUACGUGCUUUCCAUCGUAACCGGGAAAUCGUGCUUAAUCCAUGUAUAAAUAAUAAUGGAGGUUGCUCACAUCUGUGUCUCCUGACUCCCGAUCCCCGGAGGUAUAAGUGCGCCUGUCCCACUGGGCUCGUUCUCGAGGCCGGUUCUAACCAGAGAAAGUGCAGAAAAGUACCCAAAAAAUUCCUGGUGUUCGCUCAUCGAGUUGACAUUAGAGUAAUCUCAUUUGAUGUCAAUUAUACAGUGGACGUACUCCUCCCGGUGAGCUACCUUAAAAAUGCCAGUGGUGUUGACGUUAAUCGCAGAACCGGGGAUAUCUACUGGACGGAUCCAGGACACGACGUGAUUACCAAGUCUAGCUUCGAUGGGAAAAAUGUGAAGAAUAUUGUAUACACCAGUAUCGAUACUGUUGACAGUCUCGUGGUGGAUUCAGUUGGACGGAAGUUGUACUGGACUGAUGCUGGAUUGAACAGUAUUGAAGUCUGUGAACUCGAUGGGAGAAAUCGAAAGGUCCUCAUCUGGUCGGGAUUGGAUAAUCCUCGAGCGAUUGCGGUGCACUACGCCAAGGGCUUGUUGUUUUGGACUGAUUGGGGUCAUAAUGCGAGAAUUGAAAGGGCGAAUAUGGAUGGACAAGAGCGGUCCACUGUUGUUGCUGAUAAUCUUGUGUGGCCCAAUGGUUUGUCCAUUGACACUCAGAACGACAAACUCUACUGGAACGAUGCUAAACGGAAAGUCAUCGAAGUUUCUGAUCUCGAUGGCAGUAACAGAAGGGAUUUGAUAAAAAAUAUACAGCAUCCGUAUGGCCUCUCUGUGAUGGGAGAGUACAUUUUCUGGAGUGAUUGGCAGACUGAGGGUAUUCAUCGAGCCAAUAAGACAUCAGGUAGCGAUGCGAAGGUGGUGGUUAACAAGUUAGAGGGAAUUAUGGACGUGAAAGCCAUCACUAUUGACGACGUGAACACCCUGGAAGACGUCUGCGGAAAUAACAAUGGCGGCUGCUCCCACCUCUGCCUCCGCAAUCCUCGCAACUACAGUUGCGCUUGUCCAACAGGAAUUCUCUUGAAAGAUGACAAGAAAACUUGUUACUCGAGUCCGAAGAACUUCCUCCUCUUCGCGGCGUCAAAAUUCCUCGCUCGCAUAUCAUUUGACACAGCUGAGAAGUGGGAGGAGAGCCUGUCAAUUGCAGGUAUUCACAACGCUUACUCCGCGGACUUCCACUGGAAGAAGAGUCUGAUUGUCUACUCCGACAUCAACCUGAGGAUUAUCAGAACCGUCAACAUGCACAACUUCUCAGACACCAGGACAAUUGUCUCGGAGCCGGAGAAUUCAGAGCAUUUGGAGUCAUCGCCGUUCAAGAUAGCCGUUGACUGGCUGGCGAACAACAUCUACUGGACGAAUAUGAAGAAGAGGGUGAUUGAAGUGGCGAAGAUGGACGGGAGCAGUCGAAAAUGUCUGCUUACGGAUUUAGACACACCCUGGUCUAUCGCAGUUUUUCCGAAACUUGGUUACAUGUUCUGGACUGAAUGGGGAAAGGAGUCCAAUAUUCAGAGGGCUUUGCUCGACGGCACCAACAAGAAAGCAAUUAUCGCACAGGACUUGUAUUAUCCGAAUGGAUUGAGCAUCGAUUACGAGAAGCGAAAACUCUACUGGGCGGAUUCGGUGAAGGACAGAAUCGAAAUGUCAGAUUUGAAUGGAAAUUACAGAAUUCAGCUGGUACCGAGGGCGGAGAGACCUUAUGGAUUGUCCCAGUAUGGGGAGUUCAUUUACUGGGCUGGAUGGGAUCAGACGUCGGUGAAGAGGGCGGACAAGGCCACGGGAGACAGCUGGAUCAAUAUUAGGACUUCGCUGCAUGGAAUCAGUGAUGUUAAGGCGGUCUCUGAGGAGAGGCAGCGGGGAUGGUCCCCCUGUGUUGUUGAUAAUGGCGGAUGUUCGCAUUUGUGCUUCUUUGUGAAGAAUAAUUAUACUUGUGGGUGUCCAGACAUCCCAGAUCCUGAUUGCUCUACAGUUCCCAAGAAAAGGGUUCCCAUCAGAAAACCUGGCACCGAAAACAACCCCGAUUACGAUGAACACGAUGAGAAUGAAAAACCUGUCGAAGUGUUCACACGGCCCCCUCACAGGGAUGGCAGUGAUAAAUUCAAGAAUUAUAAGAUUAAUAAAGACAGAGGAUACAUCACCAUGACGGUCACCAUAAUCAUCGUGGGAGGGAUAACCCUAGUGAUUAUUUGCGCUAUUAUCUACCUCGUAUGCCAGAGGAAGCCUAAACAGGAGAAGUACUUGUACACUAACAGAAGAAAUGUGUUGACGUUUUCAAAUCCAAAUUACAAUGCGUCUGGAGUUGACGUUGGACCCAGCAAUCCCCCAGCUGAGAAGAAAUCAUUCAUCUGGAAGAGACUAAAGUACGACAGCUCACAGGAAAGAGUGUACGAGGACAAUGGGCCAACUCCGAGCCCUGAAGUUGUAUCCCUGAUACCUCCCUCAGCUACUCCAAGCAGCAGUCGUGCACCCUCUGUUACACCGAGGGAGUCAUCACCCUCGCUCAUACACGAUACGCAUUUAAAUGCCUGACCGGUGGCUAUCGUUGACGCGAGCCUUUUUUACUGUGGCGAAGAUAGAUUCGGAGAAAAAAACGAGAAAGUUUUAAUAUAAAUCCUGAAAAAAAUUACCGCGCUGCGUAGUAAACUGAGAUAAUAAUUUUUCGUAUUGAAACUUUUCUUGGAAAAUAUCUGGGUAAAAUACGGGCACGGUAAUUUUCCUGGUAUUUUUUCUCCGCACAGCUCCAGCCAAUGUCUUAAUUCAAAAUCCAUUAAACAUCCUCGAGUCCCCAAUUUUUUAGAAAUUUUCUUCGACUAUUUGUGUGAAAAGUCGACUGGGCUUAUCGAUUCCAUAACUUUCCAUUCAUUUACCAUUGAAUUAUGUUGAAAUUAUUUUUGUAUCGAGAGACAAAAUGAGAUUGAAUAUGUGGGAACUAUAUUUGUACUCCAACUAAGCAACAAGGACAGGCUUUCGGAAGGUCAAGAUCAUGCCGAAUGUUAAUGUCGAAGUAACAGGGAAAAAUCAUUAUAUGGAAUUACAAUAAAUUUCUCCAUUAUUUAUAGUUCACUGAUCGUUGAAGAGUGCGUAAUUGUCCCAACCCCAAGUAUUUUUCUAAGUGAUGGGGAUACUCUAAAUGAGAUUAUAAAAUUAUGGAUACAUAUAUUUUUUCUAUGAGAAAUGCUAUUCAAUAAUUGAAUAUUGUUUGGAUGUCCCAGCGGGCCUAGGGCACUCCAAGACGUCCGCAAUGACGAAAUUUGAGGCAAAAUGGGAAUAAAAAACGAAUCUAAAAGGAGCAAUUCGAAAGAAGUUCGAUUAGAAGUUUCUCAGGUGGAGAAAUGCCAAAUCCCUGAUUCAUUAAUUUAAUUUAUGAAAAAAAAAAUAAAAAUGGGGAUGAAAAAUUGAAGACAAGUGAUUCGAGAUCUUCUUACCUUCCGAUAAAAUAUUCAACCAAUUAAUACCGAAAAGGCAAAUGAAAAAUGGCGAUAAAAAAUAUGGAUAAAUCAUUGACUCUGGACUCUGUGUCAUAUUAGUGUAAUUACAGCAAUCCUUAGAACAAGUUUUCAUCGAAUUUAGAAAUUUCCGGUGAUUAAAUGAUUAAUCGAGAGCGAAAAUAAUAUCAGAUAUCCACGAGCGUCACUGUCAGGUGUUAAUCACUGUCAUAAAAUUAUUGAAACGUUUCCGAGUAACAAUUGAUCCUAAAUAGUGCGGAUAUGAUAGACGUCGAGAGCUCAAGGAUUAAAUGUGAUAUGAGUGCAGGCAGUGGGGAAAUUAGUAAAUUCAAAAAUACAAAAAAAAAUUGAGACAUUUGAUGAUUCAACUUGUUACUAUGAAGAACAAAAAGAUAUCGAUCGCGUGCCGUCCGCCGCUGAUUUUUUGUCUCAUUCGAAAGCGUAUUUAUUCUCUAAAUUGAAUGGAGUUCAGAUGACAGCAUCUAGAUUUAAUUAAUCCUUGAAUGGUGAGAAAUCUCUCCAUGCGGAUGCAUGGCCUGUGUGACUGUUAAUUCGAAUCGAUGGUUAUUCAGACUAAUUAUUAUUUCCAUCUUGUAAUAUUGCGAGAUAAUAAAAUAUAAAUGGUAGAGAGGAGGAUCCAGUGGGUUCAAAGCUCAGGUGAACUCAUGCGAGCCAAAUCUCGAGUAAUUUUAUCAACGUAUUCAACUAGUUCUGGGUUGCGGUAAAUAAUUUGAGAUUCGAUAACAAUGACAACAAUAAAAAACACACUUUGUCGGGGAAUGACUGUGAAUUGUGAUGAAAUAGAGGAAUAAUGAGUGAUUAAAAUUUUUCUAUGUAUGAAAAAUUGUUCUUGACUAAUGUCGAUUAAAAUAUUCGCAUCUGUUUGUGGUGCCAAAGAAAGGGGAAAUUAACACGAAGGCUCAUAAAGCAGCAUUGUGAAUGUGUAAAUAAACGUGAAAAAAAUAAUUCAACUAAUUUAACGAGGCAUUGUAAUAUUUGUAUAGGAGUUGCAGGUAAUUUUAGAUUAAAUAAGGGAGAAAACAUUGUUUAAUAUAUUCGUGCGUCAUGCUGCCUCCGCAUGAUGUUGAAAAUAAAGUAUUCUGUAUCGUAAUAACGAUUAAUUGUCAAUUAAUUUGCGUCGAUACCCAUGUGCACUUGAAAUUGAAUAAUUAUUUCAUUAUUUACAUGAUUUUUAUUGAACAUCUACCUCACAAUCAAUUAAAAUUAGUACAUACUUAUAAUUACGAAUGAUAAACAUAUCAUAGCACAAUCAUGACUCUAAAUAAACAUUAUUUAGUACCAGAAAUAGAACACAGAGUUACUUUUCCAUUUGGCCGAAGGUGAAUAAAAAAAAAUGUUUUUUAUUUGUGACACAGAAUCAGUGAAUAAAAAUAUAUAUCAUUUAGAUAAUUUGUAGAGCUUUUGCAGUUCCUGUGCUCUCGUGUUGAGAGAGAUAUCGACUCUUCGAAUGACAAUCUCAUUCGUUAAAAUUUUAAUUACCCGUCUUUGGUAUUCGUAACGUACAUUCAGCAUUAAACCAUUGGAAUAUGUCGUUUUAUUUGGUCCAUAGAGGAUCGUAAUACUGUGAGAAUUGGCUUCCAGAUAUUUCUAAAUAAAUCAUGGCAUUAGCACGAGGAAUGUUACAUUUGGAGCAUUAGAGAGCUCGUAUUCACAUCAUAACUUGGUACAUUUAAUCCCUGUAAGAUUUUAGGGCCCCUUGAAGUGGGAUAAAACUCAUUGACGUUGGAGUUCAGGAAAGAUUUCGUACAUGAGCACCUCGAAAAUGUC